AUGACCGCGUCACGCACGAGCAUUUUUCACCGCAUGCAUCACGAUGCAUGGGCAACACAAAGCCAACAGUGCGCCAGCGAGGCUCCAAGUGUCCCCAAUAGUCUAGUUAAGGCUCCCUCGCCCGCCCUGAACCCCAGACCCCGAUUGGGUCUUCCAACCGAUAUUGAGGCGGUCACCAACGUCAUUAUUAAGACCAUGCCGCUUGACCCACAAUGGGACUACCGCUUCCCGUACCGGCAUCAGUACCCCGAAGAUCAUCAUAGGUAUACUCGAAUGCUCUUCGAGUAUUUUCUUGACCCGGAAUAUGAUGAUUGGGUAGUCAUGGUGAUUGAAGACAGUCCCAAACCGGAAGCCCCAAGCGAAGUGGUCGCGUUUGGGGUUUGGGAUGUCUCGUACAUCAACAAGCGGCGGUACGGCCCCGGCUACAAGACGCAGGAUCGCAAGUUUAGAUGCUCAUGGCCCUCGACGGCCGACUAUCCUUGCAAGACUCGUAAGGAUGCCAACCACGAGCACUUCAACGAGUUUUGGAAGGGCCAGAUCAGGGCAUACAAGAGGUUCUUUGGCUCGAUUGGCCCCGAGCAGAUCCACCUUCAGAUUCUCGCUACCCUUCCCGACUUCCAACGUCGCGGUCAUGGGUCCUCGCUCUGCAAAUGGGCGAUGGAGCUGGUGAUGAGUGAUUCGCUGAAUGACAUGUCUGUGAUGGCCAGCCCGAUGGGGAACGAGCUCUACACAUGGUUAGGAUUCGAAGACGUGGGGGCCUUUUACAUUCAAGUUGCCGGCGAGAGUCAGCGACUGGUGCUUCACGCUAUGAUGUACCGUCCGACCAAGUUGCGGACGGCGACAUCAAGAAAGGAUGCGGAUGGCAGUUGCUGUGUGGUGAUUUAG